UGCACGCUCGCACACAAACGCUGCCCGGGAUUGCCGUCCGCCCGCUCGCGCCGCGGUGUUCCGCUCCUCCUCCUCGCGGCCCCACAUUGUUCUCUCAGGACGCCGGGGUCCCCGGGCCGCCUUCUCCGCGGCCCCACUGCGGGGCUGGAUUAGCUCGUCCCCGCAGGGAGGUGCGGGAGCGCGCGGCAGCCCCGCAGUAUGAGGUGGUGCCGGCGGCUCGGGGCCGUGGCGCGGCCGCUGCGGCGCCGGCUGCUGGGCGGGCGCUGAGGGAGCCCCGGGGGCGGCGCGGCCGGGCCUCCAGGCUUUUCUUCUGCAGCCGGGAGGACGCGGCUGGGGCACGAAGACCUUGUGUGGACAGUAAUGACCUCACGUUUCCGAUUGCCUGCUGGCAGAACCUACAAUGUACGAGCAUCAGAGUUGGCCCGAGAUAGACUGCAUACAGAGGUGGUUUGCAACAUCCUUCUUCUGGAUAACACUGUACAGGCUUUCAAAGUUAAUAAACAUGAUCAGGGACAGGUUCUGUUGGAGAUGGUCUUCAGGCACCUUGAUUUGACUGAGCGUGACUAUUUUGGUUUACAGCUGGCUGACGAUUGCACAGAUAACCCAAGGUGGCUGGAUCCAAACAAACCAAUAAGGAAGCAGCUAAAGAAACUGCUUUUAUUAAUUCUAGGAGGAUCUCCUUACAGUUUGAACUUUAGAGUCAAAUUUUUUGUAAGUGACCCCAACAAGUUACAAGAAGAAUAUACAAGGUACCAGUAUUUCUUGCAAAUCAAACAAGACAUACUUACUGGAAGAUUGCCCUGUCCUUAUAACACUGCUGCUCUUUUGGCUUCAUUUGCUGUUCAGUCUGAACUUGGAGACUACAAUCAAUCAGAAAACUUGCCAGGCUACCUCUCAGAUUAUUCUUUCAUUCCUAAUCAACCUCAAGAUUUUGAAAAAGAAAUUGCAAAACUACAUCAGCAACAUACAGGCUUAUCUCCUGCAGAAGCAGAAUUUAAUUACCUGAACACAGCACGUACCUUAGAACUCUAUGGAGUUGAAUUCCACUAUGCAAGGGAUCAAAGUAACAAUGAAAUUAUGAUUGGAGUGAUGUCAGGAGGAAUUCUGAUUUAUAAGAACAAAGUACGAAUGAAUACCUUUCCAUGGUUGAAGAUUGUAAAAAUUUCUUUUAAGUGCAAACAGUUUUUUAUUCAACUGAGAAAAGAAUUGCAUGAAUCUAGAGAAACAUUAUUGGGAUUUAACAUGGUGAAUUACAGAGCAUGUAAAAACUUGUGGAAAGCAUGUGUAGAACAUCACACAUUCUUCCGUUUGGACAGACCGCUUCCACCUCAAAAGAAUGUUUUUGCACAUUAUUUUACAUUAGGUUCAAAAUUCCGGUAUUGUGGGAGAACUGAAGUCCAGUCAGUUCAAUAUGGCAAAGAAAAGGCAAAUAAAGACAGGGUGUUUGCAAGAUCCCCAAGUAAGCCCUUGGCACGGAAAUUAAUGGAUUGGGAAGUAGUAAGCAGGAAUUCACUGUCUGAUGACAGGUUGGAAACACAAAGCCUUCCAUCGCGAUCCCCACCUGGCACUCCAAAUCAUCGAAAUUCUGCAUUCACCCAAGAGGGAACCAGGUUACGGCCGUCUUCAGUGGGCCAUUUGGUCGGCCACGUGGUUCACACCUGCCCCGGCGAGGCGUUCGUGAGGCAUCGGUCUCCAUCUUCCACGCAAGCUAACAGCAUUGUGUUGGAAUCGUCUCCAUCACAAGAGACCCCUGGAGAUGGGCAGCCUCCAGCUUUACCACCCAAACAAUCAAAGAAAAACAGUUGGAACCAAAUUCAUUUUUCACAUUCUCAACAAGAUCUGGAAAACCAUAUUAAUGAAACAUUUGAUGUUCCAUCUUCCCCUGAAAAAGCUACUCCUAAUGGUGGUAUUCCACAUGAUAAUCUUGUCCUAAUCAGAAUGAAACCUGAUGAAAAUGGAAGGUUUGGAUUCAAUGUAAAGGGAGGAUGUGACCAGAAGAUGCCUGUGAUCGUGUCCCGAGUUGCGCCAGGAACACCUGCCGACCUGUGUGUCCCCCGACUGAACGAAGGGGACCAAGUGGUGCUGAUCAACGGUCGGGACGUUGCGGGGCACACCCACGACCAGGUGGUCCUGCUCAUCAGAGCGAGCUGCGAGACGCAUCCUGGGGAGCUCGUCCUUCUAGUUCGACCCAAUGCUGUGUAUGAUGUAGUGGAAGAAAAGCUAGAGAAUGAGCCGGACUUCCAGUACAUUCCUGAGAAAGCCCCGCUAGAUAGCAUCCAUCAGGAUGGCCAUUCCCUGCGAGAGUCGAUGGUCCAGCUGGCUGCGGGGCUCAUCACUGGGACAGUGCUGACACAGUUUGAUCAACUAUAUCGGAAAAAACCUGGAAUGACAAUGUCUUGUGCCAAAUUACCUCAGAACAUUUCCAAAAAUAGAUACAGAGAUAUUUCGCCUUAUGAUGCUACACGGGUCAUUUUAAAGGGUAAAGAAGACUAUAUCAAUGCAAAUUAUAUAAAUAUGGAAAUUCCUUCCUCUAGAAUAAUAAAUCAGUACAUCGCUUGCCAAGGGCCGUUGCCACACACCUGUACAGACUUCUGGCAGAUGGCAUGGGAACAAGGCUGCUCCACGGUUGUGAUGCUGACCACACAGGCCGAGCAUGGCAGAGUUAAGUGUCACCAGUAUUGGCCGGAACCCACAGGAAGUUCAUCCUAUGGGUGCUACCAAGUCACCUGCCACUCAGAAGAAGGAAACACUGCAUAUGUCUUCAGGAAGAUGACACUGUUUAACCAGGAGAAAAAUGAGAGUCGUCAGCUCACUCAGAUCCAGUAUAUAGCCUGGCCUGACCAUGGGGUCCCUGACGAUUCAAGCGACUUUCUGGAUUUUGUUUGCCAUGUACGAAAUAAGAGGGCCGGCAAGGAAGAACCUAUUGUUGUUCAUUGCAGUGCUGGGAUUGGAAGAACUGGGGUUCUUAUUACCAUGGAAACAGCCAUGUGUCUCAUUGAAUGCAAUCAGCCAGUUUAUCCACUAGAUAUUGUGAGAACAAUGAGAGACCAACGAGCCAUGAUGAUCCAAACUCCUAGUCAAUACAGAUUUGUAUGUGAAGCUAUUUUGAAAGUUUAUGAAGAAGGAUUUGUUAAACCUUUAACGACAUCAUCAAAUAAAUAAGAAAGCAAAGGUCUGGGAUAUGUGUUGGAAAACUGCUUUCCAUUAUAUUCACUGUGCCAUAAUACUGCUUGCAGGAAAUGGCAUCUAAACAGACAAAAAAAAAAAAAAAAAUGAAGAACUAACAAAAACUGAAAACUUCAGCACUGUUGCACUUUAUGUUUCAAAAAAGAGUCACUCUCUCAAAAUCUGUCAUUCAUGUGUUUGAAGACUCUUUCAUGCUUUGCUCCAAACAAAUAGUGAAUAACUGAGUAUGUUCAGGGUAAUUUACGAAAUCUUGUGGUGGUGCCAUGCAGUCCCCUUCUGGUAGAAUUGCCACACACGAGGCUCAGAAUUCUCAUCGUCUCUGUUGUACACUUGUAUCUUGAAAGCGAAAAGAAGUCAACAUCAGGAGUCAGCUCUGGUGUUUCCCAGUGAUUCAUGUUCUUACUAUACUGGUUACCAGAUGUCACUUUUUAAAUGUUAGCAAUAUCAUUCUCAAUAUUAGCCAAUACACUGCCUGUGGAUGCAGCACACCUUUCCCUACACUUCCCCCCAUAGAGACCUGCCGUUUGGAAGAAGAAAGGUGGAAUUUGCUUCUCCCAGGAAAUGCUGCACAUUGUCAAUUUACCAGCAUCUUAUAGAAAGUAUAAAUAAGAAUCUACAAUUUUUCUUUUCUUUUUCUUUUUUUUUUUUUUUGCGGUACGCGGGCCUCUCACUGCUGUGGCCUCUCCCGUUGCGGAGCACAGGCUCCGGACGCGCAGGCUCAGCGGCCGUGGCUCACGGGCCCAGCCGCUCCGCGGCAUGUGGGAUCCUCCCGGACCGGGGCACGAACCCGUGUCCCCUGCGUCGGCAGGCGGACUCUCAACCACUGCGCCACCAGGGAAGCCCUACAGAUUUUCUUGAAUUUAAUAAUGUAACUUAUAUUUAUCAUAAGGUUGGCUUAUUCCAAAUCAUGUGAUUUCACAUACUUGAUGUAAAGGAAUGCAUGCAUUGUGUCUUAACCCCUUAAGUGCCUUGAGACGUCUUUGUAUGUCUAAUGAAAAGGCACUCCUCCUUUGACCCCACUAGGAGGUAUGUAUGUAUAUUGUACAUUUACAGUUUUAUGCAUUUUGAAUCAGUUCACAUUUUUAAAAAUAGCUUCUCGUAUUGAGAGUUAUGCAGUCAAAGAAGAGUAAUGAAAUUCUGUUUCUUGCUCAAUUCCUGUAUUUUGCCACAAGAAGCCAAGAUAAUUUGUGUUCUACUGAGUGAACGCUCUGCUGCUAUGGAAUUAUUCAAAACCUGCACAUUCCUUUCCUGAGGGACAGGGGUUACAGUUUAGCAGCUGAAGUUAAAAGAUGCUUUAUUCUUCAAAUUUCUUAUUUAUUUUAUCCCUGACUUUAGAAAUAGCAUCUACUAUACACGUUAAAGUUAAACAUAUGGAAACUCUAAACUAAAGUUAGAGCAGCUAAUUGUGACUUGUUUCUAUCCCUAAGUAAAUGAUCAGCAUUCAUUUCAUUUCUUACCAAGCUUUGUUCACACUGGUCUGUUGGUUGGCAGACCACAAACGAGGGAUGAAACGUCAUUGAGUGUUUCUAAUUGUAAUCCCUCAGUAGCUGAAAUGAGGGCUUUCUUGUCAUUUUUGUGUACAAUUAAGUUGCUCCAGUUUAUAUAUACUUAUUAAGUUAUAAGCAUGUUAAUAUGGAGAGUUUUGAUUGUCCAGCCUGAUGGAGGACCUGAUUCCCUUUAAGGAUGUGUAUAUUCUCCUCUUCAGGUUUUUUAAUUUAUAAGUCCUCAGAGAGAUAGAACUUUGAAAUUGCCCAAUUUUAAUAUAAGUGGAAAUUUUCUCAGCUAUUGAAAUGUUAUAUUACACAAUUACUUUCUAUGGAUUAUGGUUAAAAUAGAUUCACUUACUAGUGGUUUCUGAAUAUUUCUGUAUAGUCUUGAUAAAAUUUACAGUUGAAUGGUAGAUAUUUUGGAAUGUCAUUUAGUAUGAGCGGGAGAAUGUACAUUUUUAAAUCUUCAGUAUAAUCUAAAUGAUGUUAUUUCAAAUAUUCAAAAUCCAUAAUAGUAAAUUUUAGGAAGUUAAGUCCUAAACAUUAAUAGCCAAGAUACCAAAUACAUUACUGUAUUAAAAUAUUUUACCUUUUUUUAAAAGAGAAAAGUAAGCAUGACCUUUAUGUCAAAGAGAAAUUCUUGUAUCUAUUUCUGAAUUUCACAGUCAAGACAGUAUAAGAUAGUAAAUAACUCUGUAGUCUUUUUUGAACAUUCCGCUCUUUGCCAGCAGAUAGAUGUGAUUCAGGCUGCUGUACAACACCAUGGUAAGUUGGAAAGUGAAAGAAUAAAAUGUCAGGGAUCUAAGAAUUAAUAACUGUUUUGGCAGUAGUUUUUCACCUGAAUUAAAAAGAAAACCUAUCCUAACUAUAUGGACCGAAUAUGACAACCAUAGAUAAAAAGAUAAAGUUAUAUAGACAUAAACAGACAAAUGUCAUGGUUGGCAUGUUCUUUGAUUUAGGGCUCUGUUUACACUUCUGAGAGUAACUCUAAUAAUUUGUUGGCAGUGAGCACUUCUGCCUUUCAGUGGAAGCACCGGGUCCUAACCACUGGACGGCCAGGGAAGUCCCUGCCUGAGAAUGUUUUUAAUCUGUUUGUCAAUCUAAAUAGGGUUCUAGGAAUAAUCCCAGCUUUCAUACACCAAGUAGUUCUAGAUUCCACUCAUAUCAAUGGAAUAGUGUGUAACAAAAUGCCAGAUUUCUUUAUCUAAACUACCCUCCCCCUCCAGCGGCCAGUUUCCCCCCCACCCCCCUGCAAGACACACACACACUCAAGAAAUCAGUGCUGACUGUUAUUCUCACAACUGGAAAUAGGUAUUGGUGAAUCAAGGGGCUUUUGUAAAUGCUAGGAAAUGUUUGUAAAAACCUUUCCUCUCUGAUUUAGGAUGGUUUUACCAGGUUCAUUUUCGGUCUUAUACUGAACGUCUGGUUUGUGUCAGCACUGUGUACAUAGGUUGGGGAAUAUUUUGGAACAGACCGCAUUCACAAGAGGAAUACCUGGUAGUAUUUGUUAAACCAGUGCACACAUCCAAAACCGAGGCAGAGUAAUGAGCAUAGGCAACCCUUUCCUUUGUGCGGCCUGCCCAGCACAAGCGGGGGGCGUUGACCAUGUUGGCUAAGAGUAGAGAGAAAAUUUACAGAUUAAAAACUGACUUCAAGUGUGUAAGCUGUGUUACGCCAUUAAGACAGUGACUUGAAGGUUUCAAGUGCUGAUAUAUACACAGAGAGAUGCUUUUGUGCGAUGACGCACGUGUUGCCUCACAAAGGCUAAUACUAACAAACAGGGGCAAAGGACUGUGGUACCUGUAGAGUUGUUCAUUAUCUGUUGGCAGGUCUGACCAGGUCUGAUCAGGUAUUGGAACGAAGGCCUCCCGUCUGCACCACAAGUACUACAACCUGAGCGCUGAAAGAAACUUGAAAGAUUUGAUCCAGUCUCACCUUCUAUUCUUAUAGGCAACGUAUGUGAAUAUCAUAAAUUCUAGUGAAGUUUAGUCUAUUUCAGUUCAAGAGUUAUACUCAGGCAGUGUGUUUACUUAAUAACUUGAUGACCUUAGAAGAUGGCAUUUAAUUUAGAGAACAAGUAGGCUUUAAAAAGCAAUCCUAAUUAGGGCCCCACUCUGCUUGUUUAGGCUGAUAUACAUGCAGUGGGAAAUGCAAAUUAGAGGUCUAAGUUUUAAAAGCACUUAAAACAUAGAACUAAGAUUUAGAAUGUAUGUCCACUUAUAAUUAAAUAAUCUAUGUUCAUAAUGUGAAAGUGCAGUAGAAUUAAAGCAUUACUUGUUUUAUAAUCUUAUCGGAAAGGGAGAAGGAAACAAGAAUUUUUAACAAUGUUCUAUUUAAUACCCGUGUUUUGAAUAUUUAAAGGUAUUCUGAGGGUAAGAUUGCCAAAGUAGGUUUGAAUUCAUAAAAAUUAUUUAUGCCACAAUAAUGCGGGGUAUGUUUACACCUCUUUUAUUUUGUAGUAAUUAUUUUGUAGUUUAGGUGAAUUUGCAUUUGUCACCUACAUUAAGGUAGAUAUUUGUUGAAACCAACGUCUUCUAAUAAUAAGAGGAGAGAGAGAAAUUAUGCCACAGCUUUCUUGUACGUAAGCUGCCCUAUCAACAAAGUAACUAUGUUAACACAGCUUACUUCUUCCCACGUUUGCUUCAGCUAGCCAACCACAAUUUCUGCAACCAUUUUUUUUUUCUGGUGUUUCCUCUAAGUAAAAUACCUGUUUUUAAAACCCACUGGAUUAACUUCAUCAAAUAUCAGAAUUACUGAUCUGUUGGCAAAGAUUUGUUGGGGUCUCUGUGAUCACAACACAGCUUGUAGCAACUGUUUUAUAAAGUUUUUAGAAAAUUGUAUAGCUCCAAAGGAAUUUGUAUAAUAACAAAAACUUAUUUGAGGGCUAACUGCGAAUAGAUAAUUUCAGCAAUUUUAUAGAGAGACCAUGAAAUUAAUCCCUAAAUUGUACUUUUUGGGUUUAACUUACUUUACAAAAUCUGCAACUAUCUUCAACACAAUGCUUUAUUACACACAGACUUCACUUAUUCUCAGCAGCGGUUCCUACAAUGAGCCUUUCAAUGUUAUCAAAAACAAGCCCUAGUUCAGUGAGAAAUGAGACAUUUUAUUUUUAUAAUCUGGGUGAAAUUGUUGUGGGUAGACACCAAAUAGUUAUUUCUGUUUCCAUAGCUAAAUUUGCUGCUACUUAUUUGUAUGUUUUUCUACUGCCGUUUACUGUUGAUUUCUAAAGCUUCCUAGUCAUCGUUAUCUUUAUUGUAGUAAUCCAAGCUAAAUGGGCAGCCAGAGGUAGAAUCCACUGGGGUACCAUCCAUCAACAUUGACUAGGUAGGGCUCAGCGCAUAAAUAAGUAAACCAAUUUUUUUUUUUAAUUUACAAAGUGAAAGGUAUUAGCAGUAUUGCAAGUUAAAGGCUACAAUUUUAGGAGGAGGUUCUAAUGUUUAACUUCCUGAAACCUUUUCAAAUGUUCAGUACAGGAGUGAAAAUGUUUGAAAGCCUUGUAAAUGCUCGUAGAAGUUUCAGUUAAACACUGUAGAAUUUUCCUACCUGUUGUUGCAUAAAUGAUAUAGAAAAUAUUUUUCUAUGGACAAAAGAUUGAAACUGUUAACUUCUUUUGCUUCAUUGUUUAAAAAGGAAAAAAUGAUAUUUGUAUGUCUUUCAUGCUGUAAAGAAAUGAAUGUAUCUUUCAGAUGUUAUUAGAAUUAAGACUUGAUUCUAAGGAUACUCUUUGUUUAAAAAAAAGUUAGCAAGGGAUUGAAAAGGAAAGGAAGAGUGUUUUCCACUUCGUUAUACAAAAUGCAAUUUUAGAAGAAAAAUGUAAUUUUCUUUAUAAAUAAGAGCAAUCAUUAUUGAAGUAUAUUUCAAAUACCUUCUUUUUCACUUUGCUUUGUGUUAACUCUAGAAAUUUUCAAAAAAAUGUGUGCAUACUGUUUUUAAGUGUAAAAUAAUUGAAUUCUAGACUUCUGGAGUGUGUCGGGGUACAUGUGUUUGAGGGUAAGCGUUCUGCUCCAUGCGUUUACCGUGAAGGAAAGUUCUCAGGCUUUGUCACUGUGCCAGCCACAAAUGAGGACAGCACUCUGAGCAUGUGACUUCGGUGAAGCCAGAAAACCGUGCCUAAGUGUCACCAGAGUAAAUACGUGCAGAGGCCCUGGCAAAUAAAGAGCUUGCUUUCUGUUCUCAGUAUCUUGGACAGGUAAGACCACUGAGCCCAACUCUGACGUGUAACGGUGGUGUCUUACAUGGUUAGGGGUUUAUUAAUUUAGCGGAACAGAAGACAGAAAAAGCCCUACAUUAUAAACCAGCAUAAUUUGUUCAACAGUUUCUUUGAAAGGUAGUAUUUAUUAUUCAUCACUCACUAAGCUUGGCUCAGUGGGGCCUUUGUUAUGUUGACUACUACUUCCAUCCCUCCAACUUAAAAAAAAAAUUAUUAAUCUCCCUUUACGGUAGAGUCUUUGUGAAGUAAGGUAAUCUUUUCCUUCAUUGACUUUUGUUACAGUUGUUGAAGGAUUAAAAUCAGGCCCCCUCAACCCUGAGAGUUUCCAAAAUUUAGCAAAUACUACUUCUGAUAAUCUUAACUAAAAUGUCACAUUGCUACGUGAAGUUACCACCGUGAAGCCAUCAAGGAGACUCAGCCCUACUUACAAUCUUGGACUGAAAGAGGUGCUGAUUUGUGGUUUCACUGAACCCACUGUAGUCACACUUGAACCCGUUUUACCUUUUAUUGAAAGAAGCUUUUUCGUUUCUACUCCUGAAUUGUAGUGGUCCAGUUUUUUGCCUUCCUGAGCAGGAAAAUUUCAACCCAAUUCUGGGAGUCUCUGGCACUUAUCUUUUCCCACCCUUCAGUUAGUUGACAAGAUUAUUCAUGCUUUCUUGUGUUCUGUAGAGUAGGUCAGAUUUCAAUGCUGAAAUUGAUUUCUUGAAUUUCAAACAGCACUUUAUUUCAUGCUUACUACUGACUUAAUUUAUACAUUUAAAGGUAAAAUUUAUCCCAGGAGUUUUGUAAAUAUGGAAAAAUACAAUGGAUUAGCAUGUAGAACUCAUUGGAUUGGACCCAAGUUUAAAUGCUUUAUGAUCUCUUGAUCAUUUGAUAUUUAAAAGGUAACUUGUGUGAUUUUAGCUUUGCCACUUUUUUGUAAUUUAUUUAGUACAAUAAAGGCUACCCAGUUGAUAGUCUUGCCGGACUCUGAGUUCUCUCAGCUAGCUUCAGCCAAGUUUGGUUCACUAUAACCAUUCUGCUUCGCAUUUUUGUACAUUACUUGAACACCUGGAAACCCAUCUGUUUGGUUUUGAGUUGUAUUAGGCGUCAUUUAAGUCAGUGCUUCAUCACCAGUAAGUUGAAGGGGGCAAAGUCCUGACACUUCGAAUACAUGUUGAGGGGCAGGAUUUAAGAGACUAAAAGUUUACAUUAAGCUGUUUUCAUUUUCUGUCAUUAGCAUAUUUCUGCUUAGGCAAAUAAAAGCUGUCCAGCCCGGUGUUCCUGUAGCGUCAGGAAGUUGCAGUUACAAUCCAUAUGGCAAUCUUUUCAAAUAAGAAAAGCUAGUCUUUAUUUUCUACAGUGUAGGCUUAAUUUUAGGACAGAUAGUUUACUAUAUACUCAUCAAUGAUAUUUUUAAGUAGUAGUUUUAAAAAUAUUUCUAUGUAGAGGCUGUUUUAAUUUGGGAAUUUUUUUUCUUGUAACAGGUGCUAUAUGUAAAUAUGAAGGGCAAAAAGUCAUUUAGUUAAAAGUCUCGUUUAUUUCCUAAUUAAAUUAUGAUUUUACAUAUUUGCUGCCAUUUCACGUUUGAUUGUACUGAACUAAAUAGAAUUAGCCUCUUAAUUUUUUAAAUUCUCUUUCCCUGUUUCACAAAAAUAGCUCUUUCCAUAUGGUUUCCCAUAGUUAGGAGACAAAGAAGCUUAGGGUUCACUUAAAAUGUUUAAGCUUGAAUUUGGUCAAUACUGGAUAAUUUGAAAUCAUCACUAUGCAUUUGUCACUGCAGCUUACUGUGUGCUUGAAAGGCCUUGUGGAUUUGUCUUAAUUUCAGUGAAAAAUUAGAAUUCCUGCAAUGAGUUUCAUGUAAAAAAAAAACUAUGAAUACUAACAGCAAACAGGAUAAAAAUGUUGAUUUGCAUUAAAACUGUUUUAACCCUAAGAGCAGUUUAUGUUAUGAAAUGCUAUUAUCAUACAUACUUUGUUGGCCAUAAUUCAUUUUGACUGAGAACUAGUUGUUCAGGUUCAAACGUGAAAAAACUCUAGCUGUGACUUUAAAUUGUUCAACUGCAAAAUAAAGAUGUGCUUUAGUAAUUUAA